GCGUGAGGGGGGAGCCCCCAGCUUCCUGGGGCGCCAUCUGGAACCCAGGGUGCGGGGUUGGCGGCGGCAGCCGGCUCUCGGCAGCUUGGCCCUCGCGGGACGGUGGCGCGGCGGUCCCCUGGGCCGCGGCCGCCUCAUGCCCGGCCGCCCGCCCCUGUCCGUCGCCUCCUGCCGGCCCUCUCCCCCCUUCUCCCGCUACCUCUCUCCCGGGGCCGUGGGGAGGCCGGCCUGCUCCGCGGGGGCCGGAGCACCUUUGGCGCGGGGCGGCCUCUCCCCCUCGCCCCGCUCUUUUCACGCCUCUUUCCCCGUCCCACCGCUGGGAUCUGGGGUUUAGAAUAAGAAAUAGUUUUCUGAUCCACCAGUUAUUCUCAUAUUGGUCCGGUUUUAUAUUUGGGGCAUUUCUGUGGCUGUUCUUUCUGGCUUGUGUGCUGGCUGCAUGCAGACUAUGUAAUCUCUCAACGUUGCGGUAAAAAUACUAGUCUAGUGCAGGCUUAGUUUCCUACAAUGUUUGCGAGUUGGGUUUUUUGUUAGUGACAUUUUAAUGGUACUUGGAAUUUGCUGAGGCUGUGGAAAUAUAGUACUGUUUUCUAGUGAAAACUCAGUUCAAAUAUAAAAUUUCUUAAAGUGGUGUGCACACUUCUGUGCUUUUAAGUUGGUGGCAUGAAGUUGUCAAUAUCUUUAUUACCCUAAUCCUCGUUCUCUGAAGUCCUUGCUCAGUUAAUGAAUUUCCCUUAGUUUUGUGUGGCACUUUCAUCCCAAAGGAACUCUUUUUGGUCAUUCACUUUAAAUUGUUGGAUGGCUUGUCUACCCUUUCUGCCAAUGCUCGAUUGUCAGUAAAAGCAUGUUUCGAACUUGCAUUUCUGUUUGUGGACUUCUUAAAUAUCACAUUAUGAUCUGGAAUCGCUGUGUCUAGUUUUCACCACUGAAAGUUGUAUGUUGUAUCUAUGGUACUUCAUGGAGAACUUGCCGUUUAUCACCGAAGAAAUACUGAGGAGAUCUGUUCUGAAUGCUGUUUAAAAUUGAGAUAAGGAUGCAGAGUUGUGAAAUUCAGAAAUACUACAGAUUAAAUACAUCACGAAGUAGCAGGGCAGCGGAUUUGAUUUUUCAAGACACGAAGGUCCUAUAAGGAAAUUCUGCCCUUGAAUUCUCCUUGCUUUUUGGCAUUGCCAUCACCUCUGUUGAGAAGAUGCAUUAAAAAGUGUACUGGGUCUGGCUGGGAUGGAGUUAACGUUCUUCACAGCAGCCCGUAUGGUUCUGUGUUCUGGAUUUGUGGCUAAAAGAGCGUUUACAACACAUCAGUGUUCUGGCUAUGGCUGAACAGCGCUUGCAGAGUGUCAAGGCUUGCUCUUUGUCCCCUACUCUGCCACCCCAGUAAGUAUGCUGGGAGUAGGUGAGAAGCUGGGAGGGGGCACAGCUGGGACAGCUGACCCCAACUGACCAGAGGGAUAUUCCAUGCCAUGUAACAUCAUGCGCAGCAACAAAACCUGAGGCAGAGGAAGAAGGUUUUUGUUUGAUACUUUCAGGGUGUUUUUUUUUGUUGUGGUUUUUUUGUUGUUGUUGUUUUGGUUUUUUUUGAGGCAUAUUUUUUUUACUGGCUUCCAAGGUGGUGGUUGUCCGGAGGCAGGAUAGGCAUCAGUCAGCCUGUGGGAGGUGGUGAGUGAUUUAAUUUGAUUAACUUUUUUCUCUUUCCUUCACCGAUUAAACUGUCUUUAUUUUGACCCACAAGUCUUCUUGGCUUUGUUCUUCCUAUUUUGUUCCCCAGCCUGCUGGUGGGGAUGAGGAGUGAAAGAAUGAUCAGCUGUGUAGGUUUUGGAUGCAGGCUGGGAUCAGCGCACCACAAAAAUAGAGAGCAGAUGAUCUUCAGUGCGGUUAUGAAAUAGGCAGUUGGUUUUUGUUUGUUUUGUUUACAAAGUGCUGAUGUAGAAGAGUCGUAGAAUCCGUUAGAGAAUUUGGGCUUUGCUCUUGUUUAGCUAAGCUCAGGUGGAGCAACAGUUACUGUGAUCAGUGGAUAACGUGGCACCAGGAUCUAGUGCUUUACCUUUGUUGUUGAGCCAGGGGUUUGUACAAGGGGUGUUCUCAAACACUUGCCAUUGGAGCGUUGGGGCCUUGUUUUUUUUUAAAGGGAUGUAGUAAUUUGCUACAGAAGCUUGUGUUUGUUCUGAGAGUACUGUGUAAUGUGUUGUUGUUAGAUAAUGUUGAAAAUCAGGGCAUGGUCAAGUCAGUGUAUGACAGUGAUUCUUAUAUUUGAAGGGCAGAUACGGAAAAUCAGUACUGAAGUUUGCUUUGUAAAUUGAAGUUUCUCCUUGCUGGAUAUUUUUGCUCUCUCAUUUGAUUGUUUUCACUGUUUACACUGAGUGCAGUGCUGGACUGGUGAGUAGCAUAGUCUUGUGACCUUUGAAAGCAGGUGGAUUUCAGAAGAAUGGACACAUACGGUAAUCUUGAGAUGGACCUACGCCUCUUUCAAGGACUCGAAAGAAUUGAAUUGAGAGUUUUCCCCUCAAUUGACAGUAAAUCUGUUUCAUUUCAACAGUUCAGUGUGGCACAACUGAUGACCAAGUAACCUCAUCACGUUUUCAUCAUUUGCAGAAGUCAACUUAAAUUUUCAAUUUCUUUUGCUUCUAAAAUGGAAACACAAAGAUGCAGUGCAUAGCAUCUUGGAACGUGGAAGGAGUUCUUCGUAGCAUCCCAAAUUGUGGGUUCAUUACGUGCUUGGCUUUAAUAUUAGCCACUGCUAAGGAUGAGCUGCAGCAGUGUAGCAGAGUAUGUAAAGCGAAGUACAGAUAUCAGCCAUUAAUUAUGUUUCAUUUUCUUUCCACAGUUAAGUUGAUUUUACAGAAUUUAUCAGGUCUUCAAAGCAGAAACAGGUGAUUUUUGCUGUGGGUUGAGCUCAGCAUGGCUGUAGUCAUCCGUUUACAGGGGCUUCCUGUUGUUGCGGGUCCUGCAGAUAUUCGUCGUUUCUUCUUGGGAUUGAAUAUUCCUGAUGGAGGUGUGCAUAUUAUUGGAGGAGAGAUUGGGGAGGCUUUUAUUAUAUUUGCAACAGAUGAAGAUGCACGGCGUGCCAUGAGCUGUUCAGGAGGGUUUAUCAAGGACUCGCGCAUAGAGCUCUUUCUCAGCAGCAAGGCAGAAAUGCAGAAUACCAUAGAAAUGAGCCGGAAACGAUUUGACCGUGGGGGACGAGAAACUAUGUCUGGCUCUAGAAGAACAGGUGCUAACGGUUCUGGUGCAUCAGGUGUUGGAGACAUUCCACAUCUAGUCACGCCAUUUCCAAAAGGAAUAAAUAAACCUGGUUAUGGUCCGCCAAAUCAUCCGGAGGCUGGUUUCCAUACCAAUGGCACAAGACGCGGUGAUAUAGGUAUGCCUAAAUCAAACUACCAGUCUAGAAAGGAUUCUCAUCCCUUUAACCCAGACGAUCUUUACUUAUUUCUACGUGGCAUACCUUACUCUGCAACAGAAGAGGAAGUACGUGCUUUCCUUUCUGGGAUACGUGUGGAUGGGGUGAUUCUGAUAAAGCAUCGCAAUGGUUUAAACAAUGGUGAUUGCUUGGUAAGAUUUGCUACGCCUGGUGAUGCCUUAGAAGGACUGAAGCGUCAUAGACAAUAUAUGGGUCAGAGGUUUAUAGAAAUAAGCCCAUCUACAGAGGAACGGUGGAUUGAGUAUGGCGGGAGGGUAGACAUGCCAAAUGAAAUUGAUCACUUUUUGUGCGAAGACCGUUCUCCAAGAGGUUCAGGCUACAUGCAUUCAAGGAAGCAUUCUCAUUCAAGAUCACCAAGGAGACAAAGAACACGCUCUCGUUCACCUCCCAGCCAGGAAUAUUACAUACACUUAAGAAAUCUAUCUACUAAUCUGGAGAAGAGAGAUUUGAGAGCUUUUUUCGCUGAUCUGGAUAUAUGCAGCAAACAAAUCAAGCUUCUAACGGAUAAGCAUCAGAGGAGGACUAGAGAUGCCUUUGUGAUGUUAAGGAGUGAGAGAGAUUAUCAGGCUGCAUUGGAAUGUCAUAGAAAGGUUCUUCUCAAUCGUCCUGUUUACAUUUUUCCAAUUUCAAGAAAGUCAAUGUUGAAAAUAAUUGAUUCGUGUGAGAGGAAAAGAUCGCAGGACAGAGAUCAUCCUGGACAGGCCAUACCAGAGAAAAGUUAUCGGGAAGGUCAUUCCGGCCCCAAGAUGUGUGUUUAUGUAAGGAAUUUUCCAUUUGAUGUGUCAAAAAUUGAAGUGCAAAAGUUUUUUGCGAGAUUUGAUGUUGAUGAAGAUGAUAUUUACUUGCUCUAUGAUGACAAAGGAGUUGGGCUGGGAGAAGCGUUAGUGAAGUUUAAAUCUGAAGAACAAGCCAUGAAAGCAGAAAACUUAAAUCGCCGAAGAUUCUUGGGGACGGAGGUAUUAAUAAGACUUAUAUCUGAAGAGCAGAUGCAAAAGUUUGGUGUAACUGUACCAUUGUCUGCACCAAAUGAGAUGCAGAGUCAUUCACAUCCGUAUGACAGAGGUGAGCUUUCCCGUCCGGUUGGUUCACCAUCUGGGCCACCCCAAGGGCCACCCAUGCAUUCCUUUGGUCCCCCUGGGAACUUUAGGCAUCCUUCUGAAUUUAGGCAUCCCCCUGAGGACUUCAUGUGCCCUCCUAAAGAUUUUAGAGGUCCACCACCCCUCAUGGAUUUUGGUGGUGACGGUGAACCUUUUGGCAGAAUGGAGUUUGGGAAUAAUAAAAUGGGAAAUUUUCCUGAAGGAAGAUUUAUGCCGGAUCCAAAUUUCAGUGGUGGUUCUGAACGUGUUGUUCCUAUUCGAUUGAAAAAUUUACCUUUUAAAGCUACUCCUAAUGAGAUUCUGGAUUUUUUCUAUGGUUACAGAGUCAUACCAGAGUCAGUUUCUGUACAGUAUAAUGAACAAGGAUUACCUUCGGGUGAUGCCAUCGUUGCUAUGACAAACUAUGAGGAAGCUAUGGCUGCUAUUAAUGAACUGAAUGAUAGGCCAAUUGGUCCACGAAAAGUUAAGUUGAGCUUGCUGUAAAGGAGGAAAAGAUGCUCUAGAAUAAAACAUUCUAGAUUUCAGAUUUGACAGUUAUUUCCACUUUUUUAGUUACUGGAAGAUGCAGAAGAAACUGUUUCCGUCAACGGUUGUAAAUAAUUCCUAGUUCAGUUGUUUAGCUCUUGGCUGAAAUAUCUGUAUGGUUAAGAUAUGAGAACUGCAUUGUGCCUACUUCUUGUGGCAGAGAAGAGCCCAGAAAUUCUGGAGGACAUUGAAUGUCUUACAUCAAGGUAUAAAGGCAUGGAGUUAUAAUGCUUUGGGGUUUUCUUUUGUGUUUUUUUUUUUUUUUUUUAAAGUUUGCUUUAGUUCCAUGUCUCAUGACUUUGCUUCAAGUAAUAAAAAUGUAAGUGCUGGUUGAUUGACCACACAAACGGUUCAAAUAGAAGAACUUCAGUACUACUGCAUUAGUAGAUAACGCUUCUUACUGUCGUUAGCAUAAUAAAAUUUUAAAAUUACUUUUUUUUUGUGUGCGUAAACUGUUCAGGUUUUGUUCGGUUUCAUGUGGUUGGAGGCAUUCCUGUUGAAAAAAGAGCUUCCUGUUCCCAUUAGCUGGCUUUGCAACUUUUUUUAAAAUAAAAAAGAAAUUGCCAUUAAA